CACAGACAUGGACAGGUCAUAUGACAGAUUUUUAUUUUUGGAUGAACUGUCUCUUUAAGUCAGACAACAGACAAAUCGAACGCUGCGACGUCACGCUUGCGCAGUCGUGAUUCUUCCUCUCGACGAAAAUUCUCACUAUGGCGCCUGUUUUGCAGAGGAAGCAGCAGAGCUCUAAAGGUGGAAAGAAGAAGAAGCAGGUCCUGAAGUUCACGCUGGACUGCACGCAUCCCGUUGAAGAUGGUAUUAUGGAUGCUGCCAACUUUGAGCAGUUCCUACAGGAACGCAUCAAAGUCAACGGUAAAGCAGGAAACCUGGGAGGUGGAGUUGUCACCAUUGAAAGAAGCAAGAGCAAAAUCACAGUUUCUUCUGAGGUGCCCUUCUCCAAAAGGUACCUGAAGUAUCUCACAAAGAAAUACUUAAAGAAGAACAAUCUCAGAGACUGGUUGCGUGUUGUGGCAAACACUAAAGAAAGCUAUGAACUUCGCUACUUCCAAAUCAACCAGGAUGAGGAAGAAGAGGAGGAUGAGGAUUAAAUUCUUUGGGUUUUUUUGUACACUUAAAUAAAUUCAUAUACAACUA